AACCCCAAAAAACAAUCAACAAAAACUUCAAAGCCCAAGGAAAUAUAGGAUAGGCCUAAAACCAUCCAAUAAACCCAGGUAGAGCGUGAAAUGUCUUAGGGCAGAUGUCAAGAUGAAAUGGCAUAUGGGCCUAAGAUCGGCUGAAACAUGACUAAAGUCAAAAUUUUCUUAAGAACCCAAAAUACUUCUGAAAUUCUUGUCCAGAAAAAGAAUAGGAAAAAGAAUGGCAGCAAUAACAAGCGCGGUGAUAGCUAUAGCAGGAGUGGUAUUAGGAUGGAUAGCAAUCGAGAUCGCUUGUAAGCCUUGCCUCGAGAAAGGCCGCCAAGCCAUCGACCGAUCUCUUAACCCUGAUUACGACCCUGACGACGAUAACAACAACAACAACAACGACAUUCGAGCCCCUCUCAACCCAAGCCACCCAGAUCUCGAAUCGCAGCCUGAUAAUAAUGAAACUUCUUCAUCCAUUUCAACCAAAGCCGUUUGAUGAUCGCUACAAAAGAUUUUGGCUUUUUUUGUGGCAAAAAAGAGUUGGACGUGUAUAACUUGUUUCCUUAUUGUUGUUGUUGUUGUUGGCUAUAUUGGGUAUAUUGGGUUUAGGAAAUUUUGUGGAAAAUUUUUUUCUUUCUUUCUGUUAAGACUUCCAGAUCAUAUCGCUGAAUGAAUGAACAUGGUUUUGGUAAUUCAUUAUGGUACCAUCCUUAUUACAUUAUAUUUGGACCAU